UUGCGGGCGGGCGGUGAGGCGAUAUGCCGCUGCGACGUCCGCACCAUCAGCGGCCAGCGCUGUCCUGCUGCCUGUCCGCUCACGUGGCCUCCGCUCCUCAUUGAUGAGCCUCACGUCGAUAUCGCGGUCUUCUUAUCGAUCGCCCCGCUCGCCCGUCCACCACGUGCGCGCCUUUUUCACUGAAAUUGGCGGUAAACGCGUAGUGGCCCGUGUCACAGACGCAAUGUCGUGCAUUGGCAAGGAACCCGAGUGUCGCACUAUCUCACUGUCUCGCGCGCUGUGUUGUGAAUUCUUAUGCACGGUUUAUAUUUAGACGUGAAAUUAUUUCUGAUAUAGAUACGUGUUUGACAUUACGUUGAACUCUCAUACGUGGGGAUCCUCCACCUGAACAAGUGCUGUGUGGAAGAUAAAGUUACUGAACAUGUCUCGGGCAGACCACGGCCGGGCCACCAUAUAUCUGAUGUUGUAUAAACAUAUUCUGUCAAAACACAACGAAGCGUCCCUAACAAAGAAACAGAAAACUGCAGCUCGUUUGUGGCAUCAGAGAUGGGGCUUCUACAAGAGCUUGCAUGAAAUACAAGAAGAAGAAGCUCAAAGAAUAGGCUUUAAUUUAGAAGAAUAUCGAGCUGCAGUUAGAUCAGUGAACUGUAAACCGCCGCAGCCAAAGGAUUCGGUCUACAUUGAAUCUUCACCGAAACCAAUACCGACCACAAGUUCUGGUAUGGUUGGUUACCGCGCGAACUGUGCAUUGGAGAAAUACGGAAGAAUUGUAAAAACUUCGCGAGAUUACCCACUACGCCCCCCUCUUGCCCCAGGACAGAUAUAUGACCCCUACAAACAAACAAUGAUUUUCCUUGGAAGUGUUGACGGCGAUCCAGUAUCGUACAAGUUGCCGACAGCUACGUGUGACGUCACUGAUGACAUGUGGGCGCGCCCGCAGCAACUCAACGUCACCCCGUUUGAAGUACUUGAAAGAUGUUUUCAUGAUGCGUAACGUAAUUAUAUA